AUGGCGGACCAGCUCACCGACGACCAGAUCGCCGAGUUCAAGGAGGCUUUCAGCCUCUUCGACAAGGAUGGGGACGUAUUGGUCAACGAUCGACCAGGAACUAUCUGUUGGAUCGUUCUCUGUUUUGAGGGAUCUCGGGUCUCGAUUCCUGGUUGCAUUACCACCAAGGAGCUGGGAACUGUCAUGCGUUCCCUGGGGCAGAAUCCCACUGAGGCAGAGCUUCAAGACAUGAUCAAUGAGGUGGAUGCUGACGGCAAUGGAACAAUUGAUUUCCCUGAAUUCCUCAACCUUAUGGCCCGCAAGAUGAAGGACACUGAUUCUGAGGAAGAGCUCAAGGAGGCAUUCCGUGUGUUUGACAAGGAUCAAAAUGGUUUUAUCUCUGCUGCUGAACUGCGCCAUGUCAUGACCAACCUUGGUGAGAAGUUGACUGAUGAGGAGGUUGACGAGAUGGUCCGUGAGGCUGAUGUUGAUGGUGAUGGCCAGAUCAACUAUGACGAAUUUGUUAAAGUCAUGAUGGCCAAGUAA